GUUGCCUUUUCCUGUAGUACGAUUACAGUACUUUCCAUUGUUAUUAAACAUCGUUCAGCCUCUGUAAUGACAUAGUAGAAAUUUAUAUGAUUAUUGUGGAAGUGGAUAGAAUCAUCUUCAUGCCAAACAUUGCUAAAAAAAGAUAAAAAUUGUUAAUACUUUGGAGUCGCUUAGAAGAACGACGUAGCGGAUUCACUAUGGCGCUGCGACCUUUCUGACAGGAGCUGUGCUGGAAAACCCUAAUUUCGAGGUCUUAAUGGUGUUUUAUCGUUACAAGGAAUAUUCUGACAUAUGAAGGGAUGUAUUCGCUUCAAGAAGCGUUAGUGCCUUAUAUGAAAAGCUCAAAAGAUUGCUAUGCAGCUAAGUGAGUCGCAAGACAUGAAUGCCUUGGAGAGCAGAUACCUGUCAGAUUUGCUAAAUAGGAGAUAGUAAGAGGAACUGAUUGCUUGUUGUACCACUGCUCUUUUUGUAUUUUUUUGAGUGUUGUAGUAUUUAUUUGGAGAGACGAGCAAUGGAGGUUGCUUGCCAUGAAGAUGUUGUCAGUCAAAAACAAGGAGCAGGUGAAGAUUGUGAAAAUGAAAGGAAGGUUGAUGUAAAUAGAAUAGGCAGCUUUGAAGUGGGAAAUGCCCCUCGCAGGAUGAGGACAGGAUUUCUCCAAGAAGACAUCAUCCUCAAGGAGGAGCUGGUUGAUGAUCCUGAUGGUCUUGUUGAGGAUGGUCCAAAUGCCUCUGGAGGACACAGUGAUAUGUAUGCUGCAGAAUUUGUUGUUGUCCAAGAAAAGUCUGAGGUUGUAAAGAAUGAAGCACCCCAGAUGUGUGAUGGAAUGGAUGUUGAUAUUAAAGUAGAAAAAGAAAGGAAAGUGAAGACAUACCAAUGUGAAAAUUGUGCAUGGGUAUGCAACUCUCUGUCAAAUUUAAAGAAACAUAAGAUGGUGCACACUGGGGAGAGACCACAUACUUGUACUGAGUGCAAUAAGACCUUCAGACAGAUUCAUCACUUGAAGGAUCACAUACGGACACACACAGGUGAACGACCUUUUAAGUGUAAUGAGUGUGGAUCAACUUUUGCACAAAGAUCUUCAUUAAAUGUGCACAAGAAAAAGCAUACAGGCAUCAAACCCUUUGUCUGCAAGAUUUGUGACCAUGCAACUUAUGAAAAAGAGCACUUGGUGAUCCACAUGAGAACUCAUACUGGGGAAAAACCAUAUCAGUGUGAGGAAUGUGGUCAGACAUUCUCUACAAUGACAAGGUUAAAGUUUCAUAUCAUGAUACAUACAGGUGAGAGAAGAUAUACAUGUGAAGAAUGUGGUGCCCGCUUUCGAGAGAAGGCAACCCUUCAGAAACAUCGUGGGGUUCACUUAGUUAGAGGGCCAUUUCCUUGUAAAACAUGUGGCAAAGAAUUUCCAAGAUUAGCAAGUUUAUCUCUUCAUCGUAGAAUACAUGAACAGCCAGUAUAUCCACUGGCUGAAAAUAGAGGUAAUAGUCUUCCAUCCACAGAUCAAGUAGCAACAAAUGUGGACCCAGCUGCAGCUUAUACACAUGUACUCAAAGACACAGAACAAUAUGCUAAGAAGGAAGAAAUAGUGAACAGACCAUGUACCUUUGAAAAUAUUCCACAUGUGACAGAGUCAAUUGAGUUAUCUACUUCACAAAGUAAGCAGGUAUAUUUUAAUGAAGUACAAGAGAAUCAACUUGUAAGUAGUGAAACUAGUCAUAAUGUUUGCCCAGAACAACAGGAAAAUGUAAUUCUAGAGUCUUCACCACUCAAUUCCUCAUUUAGUAAUAGUGAAACAAUAGUGCGGACUGAAAAUGAAUCUCAGGGUGUGAUAAGCAUUGCAGACCCUGAUCAAGUACAAAAGGCUCUGGAAAGUGGGACUGUAUGGGAAACACACCAAGAAAAUGGGGAGGAGCUUCUGAUUGUGAUACCACCAUCCUUGACAGGAAGAGAAAUAACAUUAGUCUCUGAUGUGAAUCGCAUGCAUAACAGAGAACCAACAUUCACACAGACAGCACCUCCAGGUUUCCACCUAUCACAGCACCAGGCUGAAGUUGUACAGGAUUACCCACCAGUUAUUCAUGAAGAAAUCCAUGAGAAAGUGCAGCAGAGUCAUCCACAUAUUGUACAAGAGGAGCACAACUCUGAAGUACAGACUUAUCCUAUAGUGCUUGAAGAAGAAGUGCAUGAAACCAAUUCAGGUCUCUUGGUGUGGGAUGAUGGCCUAGAUCCGGUUACUGAAGUAACAUAUGUAAUAGAGGAAGGGGCUCAGGAUCCAAUCAUGAUACAUCAAGAUCAAGCCCACUUUGUACAUGAAAGUAAAGUGGUUACAGAAGUUACAAGGAAGAGAAAGAAAACAAAGGAGUUCUGGCUUAUGGAUGGAGAAGAAAAGCAAGAAAAAGUGAAGGAACAGGAUUCUGAAUCAGUGAGAUCUGUUUUAGUUAAGACAAAGAUUAAAAAGAAAAAACAAAUUGAUAAGAAAGUAAGAGUGCGCAAAGAUUAUGACUGUCAGCAGUGUGGGAAGUCCUGCAAAACCUCCUCCAACUAUAAUACUCAUAUGAGAAAACACACUGGGGAAAGGCCAUAUUUUUGUGGUAUAUGUGGUCUAGGCUUCAAACAGAUACCUCACCUCAGGGGCCAUAUCAGAACUCAUACUGGUGAAAAACCAUAUACUUGUACCAACUGCAAUGCAAGUUUUGCUCAGACUUCAAGGUUGAAUAUCCAUAAAAAGAAAUGCAAUAAGGAAACACCAGUUGCUGCAAAGAAACCAAAACUAGAACCUGCAUGUAAGGUGAGAAAUUUCUAUUGUAAAAUCUGUGAUAAGACUUUUAUUGAUGAAUGCUUUAAGAGAGACCAUAUGAAAACACAUAUGGAAUCUAGCCAGUACACCUGUGAAAUAUGUGGUAUGACUUAUAAAAGCAAAAGUAGCUUGCAGAAACACAAGCUGGUACAUUUUAAGGACAAAUGGAGCUGUCAGUUAUGUGGAGAAAGUUUCAGUAGUAAGGCAACCUUGCAUUUCCAUAAGAUAGCAGUACACAAAACUGAUGAAGCUAGUAAUGAUGCUUCGGGAAUGGUUAUAAAUGUGAAGAUCGGAGAAGAAAAAGACUUUGUUGUUAUCAAUCCUUCCAUUAAAAAUGUAUCCAGUGAUUGUGGGAUUGAUGGCCAGAUUAAAACAGAAAAGAUAGAAAUUACAGAAGCAGACAAUUAUUGUGUCAAGAGAGAGAUAAUACAGAUUACAGAUGCAGAGGAUGGUACUGUGAAAAGUGAGGUAAUGUCUGCAGGUGAUGAGGAGAGUUGUACACAGAUAUCAGAUGCUGACAGAAGUACCAAUGAGGACCAGGGGACUGAUUUUGCUAAACCAUUAGGUAAUGCAGAUAUAAAAGCUGAAAUUCAAGACUUACUUACUGUGGAUGCACAUCACUCAGGAGAUGCAGGGAAGAAGGAAGGUGGUGCAGGAAAGUUAAAAGCCAUUUAUGAUGAACGAGGAAGGAAGGUAUUUGUUUGCAAAGUGUGUGACAAAGCCUUUUUACAGUCAUCAAAUCUCCUUAGUCACAUGAGAAUGCAUACAGGUGAAAGGCCCUAUAAGUGUAAUUUAUGUCCAUUAGCAUUUAGACAAAUAACUCAUCUCAAAGAUCACAUGAACACACACACUGGUGUAAGAGCUUUUAAGUGUGGAGUUUGUCAAAUGACUUUUUCUCAGAGGUCAGCUGCCAGGCGCCAUAUAAAGACAGUUCAUGAUCGCAAUGCAGAUGUUGUCAAGAUUGGAAAUGUUUAUUCACUGCGAAAUGCCCCAACUGAUCCUGAUAAUCAAGCUCAGGAAACAAAUGAUCUGGAUCAAAUUAGUAAGAUGAAAAAGGGGAAAACAUCUGGAAAGGUCUAUGAAACAUGUGAGAAAUGUGACAGGAGGUAUUCAACCUCAUAUAUGAAAAUCCACCUAAGGUGUCACUCAGGUGAAAGGCCUUUUAGUUGUGAUGUUUGUAAACAGUCAUUCAAACAGAAGUCACACCUUUUGUCUCAUAUGCUGCGCCAUACAGGAGAAAAACCCUAUGUAUGCAAUAUAUGCCAUGCCUCUUACACUCAGUCAUUUAGGCUGAAAGAACAUAUGAAGAAAUGUAUGGAAGAAAAGAUCAGCAAUGAAAAAGGGGAUGAUGAACAGGGUAAUAAAGUGAAUAGAAAGAAAGAAAAAGGAAAGGUUACAAUUGAUAUUAAAAAUGAAUUUGUAUGCAGAUGUGGUGCUACUUUUAAGAGACAGGUUCUCUUGACAAGUCACAGGCAGAAAUGUACUUGGAACAUUGAAAGUGAUCACAGCACAGAUGUUAGUGAUGAGGAAAUUCCUUACAAUGAUGACACUGAUGAGGAAAUAGAACCAAAAAGUAGGCAGGAUGGUAACAAAGGCUUUACCAAGAGAGAGAAAGAGGACAAGGGACUUCCAACAAAAGUGGACAAAAAAUUGAAGCAGUUCACAUGUAGCAAAUGUGGAAGGUUAUUUGAGGAUUUCCUUCUGUACAAAGAUCAUUUAAAAGAGCAUAGCAGUAGUCUAACAGAGGUUUGUGAAGAAUGUGGAAUAGUUUUCAGAAGGGCUUCAGCUUUAGCAUUUCAUCAGAAGAUGAAUCACAACAAGUCAAAUGAUGAGUGGUCAUAUGGUUACAGUGAAGAGAGAGAAGUUCAUGUUAAAAGAGAAGUCAUUAGUAGUGAUGAAGAAGAGUUUGAGCAAGUUCAACAUAUUGAAAAGGUGAAUAUAAAGACAGAAGAUACAAGAGCGUCAAAAAUAGAAUGCAGAGGAGACGACCACCACCAAGAAAAAUCUGAAUUGAAUUUAGGAAAAGGAAGGACAGGAUCUGGUGCCAAGGAAGAGAAAAUUGUUCCAAGUGGUAAUACAUAUGCAAGAGAAAAUAACUGUUUAAGUACAAAUCCUACUGUAGAACAGAAGGAAAAGAGAAUGAUCAGAAGAACUAGAAAACCUCUAAAAGAACAUAUUUGCACACUGUGUAGUGAAAUUUUUAAAAGUCAGAUAGACCUGAAUAAGCACACAAAGAUUUGUAAAUUGAUGGAAAGUUCUGUGAAAGUCAAAAGAAAAAAGGACUUGUCUGAAGAUACUUCUUGCAAUAAAAUUGUUACUGAAGUUGAGUGUGAAAAUGAUACAAAGACAACAGAAAUGCAGUAUCCUUGUAAACUGUGUGGUCAGACUUUCACUAGGUCAUCAAAGCUGAAACAUCAUUUGAAUAUGUGGUGCAAAGGUAUGAAAAAGGAAUCUAAAACUUGAUGAAAGCUACAUUUCAAGUAUAUCUGAUAGUACAUUUUAGGUGGCAGGUUGAUUUACUUUUUUUUUUUUUUUUUUUUUUUUUUUAGAUAUUGCUGAAAGAUGUAAUAGUAAUUGUUAUUUUCCUCGGAAGUAAAGAACAUGUUCAAUAUUCUAGUCAUGUCACUACACAGUGGUUGUUUCUGUACUGAAUACAUAUUUUUGCUAAAGCUGAUAUGCAGUUUUAUAUUGAUUUAUUAUAAAACAAGAUAGCAUUAACAUUUUAUGAUAGAUUUUGUAUAUUAUAAAACUAAUUUCCAUAUAUAAGAUUUUUGAAAAAUAUCUUCCAAGCGAUAUGGUAAAAGUUGUAUGUUAUGAUCAUUUUUUAAUGUGUGAUACGGCUUAUUUUAUACAUUUAUGGAAGUUAAUUAAACAAAAAAAAGGAAUUUUAUCAUUUCAUUUAUUCCUAGUUUAUGAAGUAAUCAAAAAUUUUUGUAUGCUUGCAUAUGUUUGUGAAUAAUGUUUAUGUAUGUGUAUAACUCAGUUUGGUUUAUUUUAUGAGGUCAUCAUUAAAUAUUAAUAAUUAUUUAUGUUGCCUAAGCAAGUCACAUUAUAUAGAAGGUUAUGUAUGGAACAAGAGUAUUAAGAUAUUCUCUGAUAUUUCAUGUAUUAGGAAUACCUACCAAAAUCAAGGGCUGUUGGUCCUGUAAAACUAUGUAUGUUAUACAGGAAUAACAGCUAACUUCAUUUACAAGUUUGCUGCCUGCAGUGGCGUUUACUGGCUGGAUGUGGUAACAUUUACAUAAUUCAUACAAACUUACGUUAUCAUGAUCUUCGUUAAGAAGAGUAAACAUGGAAUAUCAAGGAAACAAUAAAGUCCUUUUCUGGAAUAUUCCAGUCAAAAGUCAAUCAGGUAAUAAGCAAAUAAUUUUUACAUUUUUCUUAGAUUUAAUAUCUUCAGAGGAUGCAGUGGAAUGGUUACUUUCAUACUUAUGUUUUGUUUUGUAGUGAGUAAAUACUGAUACCAUGAUUUUAUAUAAAUUGACCAUGAAAUUAGAUUGUAAAGCAUUCCUAUUUUCCAUUUGCAUAAAAAAAUUUCAACGGACAAAUAAAGGAUGGACUGAGAGUGUAUUACACUCAGGGCUGUCGUGAAAGCAGCGUAGAAGGGGGGUGUAAUGUUUUAAAUUUGCCAUAAAAAGGGUGUGGUUAUUGUUAUGGCAAUUAAAAGUUAGUCAAAUCUUAAAAUAAUACAGGUAAUUUACAGCUGUUGUUUAUUACUUGUUUGUAACUUGCUUUUGCUCUUAAUUGGGGAUUGUUUGAAUUUACAGGAAUUUUCCUACUAAUGAUUGUACAUUAGAUAAUGUUUCUUUUUUCCCAGCAUAGCAUUAUUUGUUUUGUGAAAGAAACACAUUCUAACAUCCAUCUGAUUAUUUUAAAAGAUUUUGAUAUGAUUGCCAUUUUAUCUGAAUUAUUCACGACACCUGUUUAGGACCUGAUUACAUUAAUUCAUUUUUGUUGUUAUUCAUAACAGCAUUGAAAUGCUGCAGUACACCACUUUGUUAGAAGCAUUUCUACUGGUGUAAAUUAUAUAGGAAGGCAAGUUUCAUCUUCAUACAUAACACUGAAGUUGAAACAUCCUUUAUAGCACAGAUACAUCUGAUAUCUGUUCAUAAAAAGCAAUUAUAAGUAUAACUUCAGGAAAUAGUAACGAUGGUGGAUGUAUUUUAACAUCUAUUGUCGUUGAUUCAGUACGUAGAUGCAACAGUAUUUGUUCCCAUUAAAGAAAAAAAAACUUUUAAUAAGUCUACUUUACAAACUGGUAAGAUAGAUAUUUUGAAAUUUAGCAAUUAGUAACUGUGCUGGGGCAUUUCUCAGUCUUAUUUGCUAUUGACCAUAGCUGCUCUUGUUGAUAAUUGUAAGUAAUAAAGCUUUUUUUUGCUAAAGAGUUAUAUAAUGUCCAUCUAUUUUUCAUAUAAAUACAUAAUAAUGUUAGCAGUAAUUUGAUUUUUAAUUUUACAUUUGAUUAUUAAUUUUGAUGCACAUUAUCAAAUAGGAAAUUUCUUUCUGGUUUUGGUGCUCUCACUUUUUCCUCAGGUUGCUUCUCACCACAGUUAUCAAAUGUAUUUCAUAAGUGAACAUUUGUAAGAACGCUUGUUCAAACCAUUGAUAGCAGAAGCCUGUCAUAAGUAGUACUUUUCUAUUAAUCUUGUUUACUUAAACAUGGCUUCAUAAAUGCUUAUUCCAUUGAGUCAAUUACUAGACCUUUACUUCAUUCGUUAUAUUGAGGAAUGAGUAAAACCAGUAAUGUUAUGGCAAUGGAUUGGUAUCCGCCAUAGGCUGGUGUCAGUGCCCACAGGUAUGGCUGGUGUGCUGGAGAUUGACGGGGAGAACCGGGGCGGCUUACCCGUCGGCUAAGGCCUGGGUAGGCAUAGUUGCUGCUUGCUAUGUCUUGCU